UGCUAUAUAUUUCAGAGGUGUUUUGUCAAAACGAUCGCUUCGAGACUUUACAAAGUGUUGGUAUUGCACUGUUGACAGGUGAAAAGUAAGGUUAGAAUUGUGCGUCAACCGAAAACACGAAACUACAAGCCGGCCAACGUUCCUUUUAUUCAGAGUUACUUAAAACUGUACCUUUUGUUUUAGAAAAUAUGGCACUACGAACUUACGGAGAUAAGCCAAUAAGUUUCCAAGUUGGUGAAAAUGGAGAGUAUUACUGCAUUGGCUCUGAAGUGGGCAAUUACUUACGACUAUUUCGAGGAUCUCUAUACAAAAGAUAUCCUGGCAUGUAUAGAAGAUCAAUUACUAAUGAUGAGCGUAAAAAGCUCGUUGAACUCGGUCUGAGUCAACAUGUACUUGCCUCGAGUGUGUCUCUUUUAAGAGCAAGCGAAGUAGAAGAUAUUAUUGAAGGAAACGAUGACAAAUAUAAAGCUGUAUCAGUACAUUCGACAGAACCUCCAGCACCCAGAGAGGGUAAAUCUAAGAAAUCCAUGGCAUGGGUGCCAAGUUUACCAAAUAGUUCACAUUUAGAUGCAGUUCCUCAAGCAACACCUAUUAAUCGUAAUAGAGUUCAUAAUAAGAAAGUUAGAACUUUUCCCUUGUGCUUUGACGACACCGAUCCUUCUGCAAACUUGGAAAAUGCUGCACAACAGGAAAUGCUUGUCCCAAUUCGUCUUGACAUGGAAAUUGAAGGACAAAAAUUAAGAGACACAUUCACGUGGAAUAAAAAUGAGAGUCUUAUAACCCCAGAGCAGUUUGCAGAAGUAUUAUGUGAUGACCUAGAUCUAAAUCCUUUAACGUUUGUUCCUGCAAUUGCACAGGCUAUAAGACAACAAAUAGAUGCCUUUCCUCAGGAGACUAUUCUGGAGGAUCAAUGCGAUCAAAGAGUUAUAAUUAAACUUAAUAUACACGUUGGAAAUACUUCAUUAGUGGACCAAGUUGAAUGGGAUAUGUCUGAGAAAGAAAAUAAUCCAGAAAAAUUUGCAAUGAAAUUAUGUGCUGAAUUAGGUCUUGGAGGGGAAUUUGUUACAGCAAUUGCUUACAGUGUACGAGGUCAAUUAUCUUGGCAUCAGAGGACAUAUGCAUUUUCGGAAGCUCCAUUACCCACGGUUGAAGUUCCAUUUAGGCCUCCAUCUGAAGCUGAUCAAUGGGCUCCAUUCUUGGAGACCUUAACGGAUGCAGAAAUGGAGAAAAAAAUUCGCGACCAAGACAGAAACACACGCCGAAUGCGACGACUGGCAAACACAACACCAGGGUGGUAAGGAAUUCAAUUUGUCAUGACCUGCAGUAUCACAGACGAACACCAGUACUUUGUACUUGCAUCAUUCGCACUGGUUAAAUAUUUACUUUUCUGUUCUGAUCUGAACCAGUAACUUUUAAGUGAAACAAAUAGAUAAUUAUAUACAGUGUUGCAGCAACAGGACAGUACUGAAAACACGUAGAAUAAAAUAUGAUAAGCUUUUACCAAAUUACAGAUCACAUUACAAAUUUAUUUAACAUUCUCUGUAAUUACACAAUUCAUUAUUAAUUCUUAUUUUACAUAAUGAUAUAGUAACGUAAACUAUAACAUAAAAGCUUAAAAUAUUUUUUAAUUGGUAUAUUUUCAUCAUUAGAUUGUAAAUACUGCAGCAAAAGAUAACGCAUGUGUAUCGAUUAAAAAUAUUUUUUUCCGGUCACAACUACAUGUUGCACAAUAUCUAGGGAAUUAUCGUAUAGGGAAACAUUUGAACACUCUUAAGGUGUUUUAUCAUCAUCAUAUAUAUUAGAAGGCCGAUAACUUUUGAAACUAUAAACAUAUAGAAUAAAAAAAGAAUCAUCAAUAAAUAUCCAGUAAACGUGAAUUCAACAAAGUUUGAUUAAUUUUGCUACAGUAAUAUUUAACACUAAGCUGAGUAAUGUCCCUUUUAAUACGCAUAACCUCUUUAGUUAAUGGAUAAUUAAAUUCUAUUCCUAUACGAAAUAAGAUAAAUUAAAAUGUUUUUAAACGUG